CCAGAAAGAAAAGACAUUUAACAGAAAAAGUUACCAAAGAUGAUGAAAUUGAGAUCAAAGAGAUUCCAAACGAGCCUUUCCAAGCUACGUGGUGGUGGAGGUGGUGGCGGCAACGGUGACAACAAGGAGUGUGGUGCAACCAUCCCCGCCGGAGAAAUCAAAUGGGAAUUGCGGCCUGGUGGUAUGCUUGUUCAAAAGAGAGAAAUCGCAGGCCAAAGUGUUGAAAAAGAAGGAGUUAUUAUGGUUAGAGUCGCAACUGGUUCACAAUGGCAUGAUAUAUCUAUCCAAGCAACUUCAACUUUUGGAGAGAUGAAAAAGCUGUUAUCAAUGGUGACAGGCAUGGCACCAAAGGAGCAAAGGGUGUUGUUUAAAGGGAAGGAGAGAGAGGAUGUUGAACACCUACACAUGGUUGGGGUUAGAGACAAGGACAAGGUUGUAGUGUUGGAAGAUCCAGCCAUGAAAGAGAGGAAAUUACUACAUGGAUCAUUAGCUACAACAAAUGACAUUGACGCUUCUAAUCAUGCAAUUAGUGUAUAAGUGAUAACACUAAUCCAUCAAGAAAGAAAAAAAAAACUAAUUUCACUAUGGAUCUACUUUAUUUUAGCAAUAUUAAAAGGGUAGUGAUCAUCUUGAUGUUAUGUUGAUCGAUGUUGUUUUUAUUUCGUUUGGUCAACCUAAACUUAGCC